GGCUGGAGCGGCCCUGGCUACGGCCGCCUCUCUUCGCUCAAGGAGUUGACAUUUCGUAGAGUCGCGCGACGCCCGGUCGCCUGAGCUCCCCGGGACCCCGCCGCCAGGAGGAGGGGGCGGAGGAGGGUGGAGACUGCGGGGCUUGGCCAAGGAAGGCGCACAUCCUCGGGCRGGCGGCCGUGACGCGGCGGGGAUUAACUUUGCAUGAAUAAUGUCUGCGGUUUCCCUCCCGUCGGCUGACCUGCGUGGUGCCAAGUUCCACACGUGAUCGAAUGACGAAGAAGGAGAUGUCAGUGAAAAGAAGGAUCCAGAAUGAUUACUAACCUAUGACUCCCAACAGUAUGACAGAAAAUGGCCUUCCAGCCUGGGACAAACCGAAGCACUGUCCAGACCGGGAGGAGGACUGGAAGCUAGUAGGAAUGUCCGAAGGCUGCCUACACAGGAAGAGCCAUUCAGAGAGGCGCAGCACCCUGAAAAAUGAACAGGCGUCACCACAUCUCAUCCAAGCCACUUGGACCAGCUCCAUAUUCCACCURGACCAUGAGGAUGUGAACGACCAGAGCAUCUCAAGUGCCCAGACCUUCCAGACGGAAGAGAAGAAAUGCAAAGGAUACAUCCCCAGCUACUUAGACAAGGACGAGCUCUGUGUCGUGUGUGGUGACAAAGCCACUGGGUAUCACUACCGCUGCAUCACGUGUGAAGGCUGCAAGGGUUUUUUUAGAAGAACAAUUCAGAAAAAUCUCCAUCCAUCCUAUUCCUGUAAAUAUGAAGGAAAAUGUGUUAUAGACAAAGUCACGCGAAAUCAGUGCCAGGAGUGUCGCUUUAAGAAAUGCAUCUAUGUUGGCAUGGCAACAGAUUUGGUGCUGGAUGACAGCAAGAGGCUGGCCAAGAGGAAGCUGAUAGAGGAGAACCGGGAGAAGCGACGACGGGAAGAGCUGCAGAAAUCCAUCGGGCACAAGCCGGAGCCCACAGAUGAGGAAUGGGAACUCAUCAAAACUGUCACCGAAGCCCACGUGGCAACCAAUGCCCAAGGCAGCCACUGGAAGCAGAAACGGAAAUUCCUGCCGGAAGAUAUUGGACAAGCACCAAUAGUCAAUGCCCCAGAAGGUGGGAAGGUGGACUUGGAAGCCUUCAGCCAUUUUACAAAAAUCAUCACACCAGCAAUCACCAGAGUGGUGGAUUUUGCCAAAAAGUUGCCUAUGUUUUGUGAGCUGCCAUGUGAAGACCAGAUAAUCCUCCUCAAAGGCUGCUGCAUGGAGAUCAUGUCCCUUCGCGCUGCAGUGCGCUAUGACCCAGAGAGUGAGACUCUAACCCUGAAUGGGGAAAUGGCAGUGACACGGGGCCAGCUGAAAAACGGGGGUCUUGGGGUGGUGUCAGAUGCCAUCUUUGACCUGGGCAUGUCUCUGUCAUCUUUCAACCUGGAUGACACCGAAGUAGCCCUCCUUCAGGCCGUCCUGUUAAUGUCCUCAGAUCGCCCAGGGCUCGCCUGCGUUGAGAGAAUAGAGAAAUACCAAGAUAGUUUCCUGCUGGCCUUUGAACACUAUAUCAAUUACCGAAAACACCACGUGACCCACUUCUGGCCAAAACUCCUGAUGAAGGUGACAGACCUGCGCAUGAUCGGAGCCUGCCAUGCCAGCCGCUUCCUGCACAUGAAGGUGGAGUGUCCCACGGAACUCUUCCCGCCUCUGUUCUUGGAAGUGUUCGAGGAUUAGACGGACUGGAUUUGUUCUCAUAUAUUCCUACAGCACUACUGGGUGUCAUUUCA